UUUGAAUUGACCAUCUUUGCAAAGGUUCUUCAUGGUCGGGACCUGAGUGGGAAUGUGGCAAUAGUCACUGGAGCGAGUGCAGGGAUUGGUGUUGAGACUGCCCGCUCUCUGGCUCAUCAUGGCUGCCAUGUCAUCAUGGCCUGUCGCAGUCGCAACAAGACCCAGGCUGUCAUUGACAACAUCCAUGAAUUCCGCCCAAAUGCCAAGCUUGAUUUCCUUGAACUUGAUCUAGCAUCUAUGAAGUCAGUGAAGGAAUUUGCUGAAAACUUCAAGGCUCAGUUCCAGAGAUUGGACUAUCUUAUUCUUAAUGCUGGGAUCUUCAUGGUACCAUUUGCAAGGACUGAAGAUGGAUUUGAACUUACUUUUCAGGUGAAUCACUUGUCCCAAAUGUACCUGACCUUAUUAUUGAGGGACAUUCUGAUCAAGACACCCAUGGCCCGAGUGGUGGCUGUCUCAUCUGAGUCCCACCGUUUUACUCGCCUCACUACUUCAAACAUUUCCCAGGAGUAUCUCUCACCUAACUCCUCUUCAAAGCAUUGGUCUAUGAUGGCUUAUAACUUGUCCAAGCUCCACAACAUCCUGUUUACCAAUGCGCUAAAUCGACGCCUAGCACCUCAUGGAGUCUGCUGCAAUGCAGUUCAUCCUGGCAAUUUAGUCUAUACAGAACUCUCGCGGUCUUCAUGGUUUAUGAGGGUACUGUUUUUUGCUGGCCGUCCAUUCACAAAAACUCUGCAGCAGGGUGCAGCCACAACUAUCUAUGCUGCAGUGGCUCCUGAAUUGCAGGGAGUGGGAGGUCAGUACUUCAACAACUGCUUCCUCACUAAACCACAUGCUAAGGCCUUGGAUGUGGACCUCCAGGAAAAACUCUGGACCGUCAGCAUUGAGAUGAUUCGUUCCUGCAUGGGAAACAUUGAUGACGUUCCCCCUCAUCCUGAUGUCAAUCCCCAUGACAGAUCUGGAAGCAUGCUUUUCGGCCGCACCCGACCCAGCCUGCUCGGGCGCGCGGCGCAUCGCUUCGGUACCCACUCGGGUCGAGUCCGGGUGCGCUUCGCACCCAGCCCCACGGGAUUUCUCCACCUGGGGGGACUCCGCACGGCCCUCUACAACUUCCUGUUUGCGAGGGCGAAGGGCGGGGCGUUCGUGCUGCGGAUCGAGGACACGGAUCGGUCCCGCCUCGUUCCCGAUGCGGCGCAGCGCCUCGUGGAGACCCUGGACUGGCUCGGCCUCGCUCCCGACGAAGGACCCGGGGUCGGCGGGGCGUUUGGACCCUACGUCCAGUCGGAGAGGAUUCACAUUUAUCGAUUUCACGCGGACGAACUGUUGAAGACGGGUCGGGCAUACCCGUGCUUCUGCUCGGAGCAUCGCCUGGAUCUGCUGCGGAAGGAGCAGCUGCGCAACCGCGAGGUCGUCCGCUACGAUAACCGUUGCCGCAAGCUCUCGGCGAAGGAGGUUCAACGCAGGCUCCUCCAAGGAGAUCCCCAUUGCUUCCGGCUCAAGUUGGAGGAGGAGGUGGAGGAUGUUGUGGACAUGCUGCAUGGUAGGAUCUCAUAUGCAGUGCACAAAUUGGAGGGGGAUCCAGUGCUCCUCAAGGCAGACGGAUAUCCCACAUAUCACCUGGCAAAUGUCAUUGACGACCAUCUCAUGGCCAUCACCCAUGUCCUCCGUGGCUGCGAAUGGCUUGUUUCCACACCGAAGCAUGCACACAUUUACAGGGCAUUUGGGUGGGAGAUGCCUGCAUUUGCACAUCUACCUCUGAUCCUCAACUCAGACGGGUCCAAGCUGUCCAAGCGUCAAGGGGAUGUUUAUGUGGAAGAAUUCCGUUCUAAGGGGUUCUACCCAGAAGCCCUCCUGUCGUUCAUCACUGAGAUUGGGGGUGGAUUCCGGGAUCGUGAAGAUGUCCUUCAUUCCCUUGAUGAUCUUAUUACCAAGUUUGCACCAGAGAGGCUGAAUGCGAACUCAUGUAGACUAAAGUUUGAGCGGCUGGAGGAUCUGAACCGUCAGGCCCUGGAGAAGAAGAUCUCUGACCCCAAGGAGCGAUGCCUCCUUGUCUCCCAAUUGAAAGACCUCCUCCAACACCAUGGAUUCUACUUGAGGGAGGGGGAUGAAUGGCUCUCGAAGGUGCUAGCCUGGAGCUUGCCUCGAGUAACCCGCCUCUCAGAUCUUGCCUCCCCUCCGUUUCACUUCCUCUGGACGAGUCCUGAUAGUCACAAUGCUGCCAGAGAUCUCUCACCCGUUCAGAGAUCAAUGCUGGAAGAGGUAGAAGUGUACCUCAAGCUGCUGCCAUCAGGUCUAAACAAGGAAGAAAUGGGGUUUGGGUUGAAACAUCUUGCUCAGUGCUUUGGCUUUAAAUAUUCUCAUUUGAUGCACACCUUGCGAAUUGCUCUCUCUGGUCUUCAGGAGGGUCCAAGCAUCUUGGAGAUCCUGGAUGCAUUAGGGAAGGAAGAAAGCCUGAGAAGGAUCUCCAAAGUUCUGAGACAUUGAAUUUUUCACUUAUUUUCACAAGUGAUAUUUUUCAGUGAAAUGUAGCUGACCCU